UUGGGCUCAGACCUUCCACAGCAUACUCAACCAUCCUUCCUUCACUUCCGAAGCCGCCAUCGACCGUCUGCGGCAGUGGAAAUCAACGCUGACCUCGACCUCCCACCCACACCUCAGGAAACCAUCAAGCCUGGCACGAUUUCGGAGACUAUAGAAAGCCGAGAAAACGCCAAAGUAAAGAAAACGGUGAAGGUUUCCAUGCUCCAAAAGCAAAAUCCUUCAGAAACAUUUGCAGAAAUCGACCUCGUGGAAGAGUCGAAAGUCAACGAAAAUGAAGAUGACUCGGGAGUCGAACCCUGUACGUCGGGCCAACAGGCGAACAGCGUUGCCGCUAGACUACGAGACUACGUUGGGGGACCUGAACAUUUUACUUACUCAAGUAACAUUAAUGGUUAA